CCGGAGCUCAUCAGAAAUUUCUCAAUCAUCGCUCAUGUCGAUCACGGUAAAUCUACGCUGGCAGACCGUCUCUUGGAGCUCACCGGAACAAUUAAGAAAGGCCAUGGCCAGCCACAGUAUCUGGACAAAUUACAGUAUUUUAAUUGGGAUUGUAGGUUUCUGAGAAUGGGUUUUUCAACAGAAGCAAUCAUAUCAGCUAGAGAAAUGACCUCUCAUUAGGGUUUAAAUGAUGGACAAUGACAAUCUUCGGAAGGAAGUCCACAUACAUGCUUUUGAAGAUAUAUCUAAUGCUGAAUUCCUUUAGGCCUCUGACCACAAGUGCCCUUGCAACCAUGCCUUGUGUAACUAUGGAUCCAUUCUUCUUGCCAACAGACCUCUUCCAAUCUUGUUGGGUUUCUAUCUUGAGUGCUUUCAUCAAGUUGCAGCACAUGCAACAGCUAGACAAAUUACAAUUGAACUUUUGAUUGGGUCUUGUAUGAGGUGGAGAGGGAAAGAGGAAUAACAGUGAAAGCCCAAACUGCAACAAUGUUCUUCAACUGUAGUUCAAAUGGCAACACUGGGAUUGUGUCAAAAUCAUCUCAAAAUUUUUUACUUAAUCUGAUUGAUACACCUGGGCAUGUGGAUUUUAACUAUGAAGUAUCCAGAUCCCUUGCUGCAUGUCAGGGAGUUCUUUUGGUGGUUGAUGCUGCUCAAGGUGUUCAAGCACAGACAGUUGCCAAUUUCUAUCUUGCAUUUGAAGCCAACCUUGCCAUCGUUCCAGUCAUAAAUAAAAUUGAUCAGCCCACUGCUGAUCCUGAUAAUGUUAAAGCUCAGUUGCAAUCAAUGUUUGACCUUGAUCCUCAAGAUGCUCUCUUAACUUCGGCUAAAACUGGUGAAGGUCUUCAGCAUGUUCUUCCUGCUGUGAUUGAACGUAUUCCUCCCCCAAAAGGGCUAGUUUGCUCACCUCUGCGAAUGCUUUUGUUGGAUUCUUAUUUUGAUGAGUACAGGGGAGUUAUUUGCCAUGUUGCAGUUAUUGAUGGUGCUCUCAGAAAGGGAGAUAAGAUAGCAUCAGCUGCAACUGGGCAGAGCUAUGAAGCAAUGGAUGUUGGUAUUUUGCAUCCUGAACUUACACCUACAGGGAUGCUUUUGACAGGUCAGGUGGGGUACAUCAUCAGUGGUAUGCGCUCGACAAAAGAAGCUAGAGUGGGAGAUACAUUGCAUCAUGUGCGGAGUGUUGUUCAACCUCUCCCUGGUUUCAAACCAGCAAAGCAUAUGGUGUUUGCUGGUGUUUACCCUGCUGAUGGAUCAGAUUUUGAUGCUCUUAAUGGAGCGAUUGAAAAACUUACAUGCAAUGAUGCUAGUGUCUCAGUUGCAAAGGAGAGCAGUGGAGCACUUGGUUUGGGCUUCAGAUGUGGCUUCUUGGGACUUCUUCAUAUGGAUGUGUUUCUUCAACGGCUUGAACAAGAGCAUGGAGCAACAGUUAUUACCACCACUCCCACAGUGCCCUAUAUAUUUGAGUACUCUGAUGGGAGUAAGGUGACCGUGCAUAAUCCUGCCUCUUUAUCAUCAAAUCCUGGAAAAAAUGUGGAAACAUGCUGGGAACCAACAGUGAUUGCAACUAUAAUUCUUCCCCGUGAAUAUGUGGGUGGUGUACUAAAUCUAUGCUCAGACAGAAGGGGCCAGCAGUUAGAACACUCAUUCAUUGACAGUCAAAGGGCCUUAUUGAAGUAUCGGAUGCCUUUAAGGGAAAUUGUUGUGGAUUUCUACAAUGAACUGAAAAGUUUGACAUCUGGCUAUGCUUCAUUUGAUUAUGAGGAUGCUGAUUAUCAACCAUCAGACCUUGUGAAGCUUGAUAUACUUCUCAAUGGUCAGCAAGUCGAUGCUAUGGCUACCAUUGUGCAUAAGUUAAAGUCUCAGCGUAUUGGUCGCCAACUAGUAGAAAAACUUAAAACUUUUAUUGACAGGCAAAUGUUUGAGAUCUCUAUACAAGCAGCUAUUGGAUCAAAAAUCAUUGCACGAGAAACAUUGUCAGCAUUGCGAAAGAAUGUUCUUGCUAAAUGCUAUGGAGGAGAUGUUAGCCGAAAGCGAAAACUCUUGGACAAGCAAAAAGAAGGCAAGAAGCGGAUGAAACGGAUUGGAUCUGUUGAUAUACCCCAAGAGGCUUUCCAUGAGUUGCUCAAGGUCUCAUAAAUUUCAAGUUAAAGAAACAACUAGUACAUUAGAGCUCGUUUGGGAAUUUAACAAAUUCUUGAACUCGAUGAAAAUUAAAAAUUGAGUUCAUCAAUUGUAAAAACUGUAGUUCAUGCAUGCCAUGAUGAAAAUUUUGCAUGUUAUGCUUUUCUAAUGUAAUCUCUUCAACAAUUUCUUUCUAAAUUAACCAAUAUUUGUAAUUAUAUGUUAAAAUUUUUAAAGUUAAUUUGAUGGGUAAUUUUUCUUUUCUUUUCA